UUCCAGAAGUUGUGAGUCUCUUAGUUGAAAAUAAAUGCAAACUAAACCUCUUUGACAAUGAUAACCAAUCUCCCUUGAUGAAGGCAAUAGAAUGCCAGAAGGAGCAGUGUGCAAUUAUCCUGCUAGAUCACGAUGCAGACCCUAACCUUAUGGAUGCCAAGCGCAACACUGCCCUUCACUAUGCUGCCUUGAUUCCGAAUGUAUCUUUAGCAGGCCACCUGCUUGAACACCGAGCUCAUAUUGAUGUGCAAAACCAGGACGGAUACACACCACUUUUGCUGGCUGUUAUUCAAAAUCACCAAGAAAUGGUGGAGUUCCUCCUUAAGAAAGGAGCAGAUGUGAAUACCCGGGAUAACUUUAAAAGAACAGCCCUAAUUCUUGCUGCCAAGGGUGAACAGACUGGUAUGAUCAAACUUCUCCUCGAGUACAAUGCCGACACAAGCCUUGAGGAUGAUCAAGGAUGGACAGCAGAGAACCAUGCUACUUUUAGUGGUUUUCAUGCUCAUAGUCUUCUAAUAUCUCAAUAUGCACUACAAAAAGAUCCUAAGCAGUGCUCAUCAUCAAUAUUCAACAGUCCAGACAGAACUUUUGUGAGUGGGUUUACACUUGGUGGACCGGCUACUGAUAAAAAAGGCAUGGAUGAGAGUUCCUCAGAAUCUUUGAGCAGAUCCUCUAAUAAGCCCAGCCCUGCAGACUCCUGGCCACCCUCAGAUGAAGAAGAAUCGGAUUUUAGUACAAAGAAACCUCAAAAGCCAAGUUUAAGCCGUCUAAUAAAUGCUUCACAGCAAAUCAAGAAAGAUGAUGACAAGCCUACAAAGAUUAGGAUUGCUCACCUAUCACAUAAAGACCAAAAUGAAGCAGUCAGAAGAAACAGAGGCUUGUCCAGUGUGGAUUAUAAAGAGUUGGAUCCAGGCACUUUGGGCCCAAAUGAUCAGGAGGAAGAAGAAUUUGGAAGUAACCAGGAUGGACAACUAGAAGAGUUUGGAGAAGAGGAGGAAGAAGUAUUCAGUCAAGAAGAACAGGAUGACUUAAAAAGUGGAGAAGAUCCAGACUGUGAAGAAGUAGAGACUGCAGAGGAAAGGCAAGUUGAAGAUGAAUAUUCGGAACCCUUGAAAGGAAAAAAAGAUGUAAUUAAACAGGAGCAGAACCUCUCCACCUUUACUAGUAAAUGCGAUGGACAUGAGAAAAAAUUGGAAAUAAGUGAAGAAAACCUGGACUUGCUAUAUCCUACUGAUAUUCCUGUAUCGUUUAUAACUGGAAAUUAUGAAUACAUAAAUGAAAACAUAGUUUCCACAUUUCCUUUGGAUAAAGAGAGCGUAUCUUACUCACUGAAGAAUGAUGAUGGUGAAGAUGAAGAAAGAGAUAAACUUCCAUGUCAAGAUGAAGUGCAAGAAAUAAAUGAAAAAAACCAUAUCAGUAAUACAAAUUAUGAAGAAGACUGUGGAAAUACAACUCAGUUUAUUCCAAAACAUAAUGUUUACAUCAAGGGUCGAAAGUCAGACACGGUGGAGACUGAGAAGCAAAGGACUAUAAAUCAGAGAUUAAAUUUAAAGAAUCCUGAGCCACUGGAUGGUCGAAGCAUUGAAAAUAAGGAAAGCAAAAAACCUGUCAAGUGGUUUAAUAUCAUUUGUGCAUCAUUGGAGUCGCAUGGUGACACACCAUUAGAUGAAUCUCAAAUGUUGGAAGCAACAUAUGCGCAAAAAGUCCAAGAAGAAUCAGUAGAAACUGAGGAUGAAGAGGAAAAUAGUGGGAAUUUUAGUGAUGAUGCUCCCAAGGAGCAACUGCACAGUUUUAAAAGUCUUACUAAAUCUUUGAAUAGUAGUACUAGCUACCUCAAAACUCAGAACACAUCACGGAAUUGUACUGUUGGGAGAGAUAUACUGCCAGAACUAGGAAUUGAAGAGGAAGAACAAUCCUGGAAAUCUGAGAAUGCUUCUGAGAGUCCCCCAGAAAGAUCAGUCCCUCAUUUGCCUGCUGCCCGAAGCAAUGAGCCAACAAAUAGUACUUCAAAGGAAAAAUCAGAAGAUAUAUUUUAUGAACCAUCUUUCAUGAGUGGAUCAAGAAACUUUAAUAUGACCAAACUAGAGGAUACCAGAAAUUUAGGCUGGCCAGUAGACCUCAUGGAUAAUUAUGAGAACCAUCCUGAUUCGAAGUCAAAUACAACUAAGCCCGUGGUAAUUAAAGAUUCCGUGAAUCAAGAAGAAAAGAUGGUUAAACAAAAUCUGACAUCAGAUUUUAUGGAAGAAUUUGGUUUAGAUAAUGCAGAUGACAUUGAAGAUGCAUCAGAUUGGGAUUCUACCAAUACAUCUUAUAAAAAUAGCCGGAAUGUACCACAGUAUAGUCCAGAAAUAAAGAGAACACAAAAAGAUUCUAAUGGAGAUUUAGAAGAUGAUACAAUUUCUUCGAGUUCCAGACAUUCUGAAAAGUCACCUGUACUUAAGAAUUCUUCAGAGGAAGCCCAUGAAGGCCUCAGUGGAAGUAUCCCACAACAGGAUAAGGUUAUGUUAAAUAUAUGCAGCUUGACUGAAAAAACAGCCCUCAAAAAACAAACCAAUAAGGCCCAAAUGUCAAUUUCGCAUCCGAUAACUAGAUCUGAAGGACUAGAAACAAAUGAGGAAAUGUAUAGCAGUGACUUACGCAUAGAUUCAAAGCUGAAUUGGGAAGAAAGAUAUGAAAAGUUAUGGGCUGAAAAGGAGAAAAUGCAAUUGAAAAUGAGUUUUAAAAGCAUUACAGCUGAACUUAAAAAGAUGUUUGGUGAAAUAUUUGAAGAAAACAAAAUUGCUCCUAUGUCCAGGGGUGAGCCCCUGCAAGACAUCUUUAAAGAAUCAGAGACUGUUCAAAAACCUCCCCAGUAUUUGAGAGAAAACAUCAUUGAACCAGAGGAUAAAGACAAAGUUGGAAUCUUUCUCACUGUAACAUUGCCACAGUUGCCAGAAAAGAGAGAAAAGGGUCUUGAAAACUCCAGGUCUUAUAAUUUAAAUUCCAAUUCCCAAGAAAACACCACCCAGUCUUCUUUUAAGCUUUGUUCAAACAGUAAUAUAUUAAGCAGUGAAAAUGACAUUGGAUGUAUUUGCAGUGCAAAUGAAGAGGGCUUUGCUGAUGAUGCAGAAAAUACAAAAAUAUCCAGUUUGAAAAUAGCUGCAAAUAAACUAUGUAUUACGCAGACAACAGGAAACAAGGACAGAAUUUUCACAAGUUGGGAAUCAGUCUCAGGAAAAAAUUUUGAGUGUGUGUUAAAACCAAGUAGCACGGAAGAUGCUUUAUCUACAGGGCUCACCUAUCCAGAAGACGUGAGUCCUAUUUCUCCAGAAGAGGCACAUACACUUUCUGCUGAGAUGUAUAAUAAAGAGAAAACAGAUUCAAGACAGGACUCUCAUCAGAGCCAAAAUCAUAGAGGUCACAAAGCCAGUAACUCGACAGUUUUGGAAAAUAAAAGGUGGAAACACUCAAUUUCCUUUUAUGACAAAAUCUCCCAAGCUCAUCCAGAUGAAGAAUUACAGCAAGCCAUGCAAGGAUUUAAGAAAGAAGUAGGAGUGCUAGAAAUAGGAUUCCUGACUCUGGAAAAGCAGAAGAGGAAACUACAAAAAGAGGCCGAGGAGGAAAAGAUAAAGCACAAGUAUGAUGAAAUGGGAACACCGGAGAAAAGAGAUGAGUCUGAUAAAUCAGUUCAAGAGAAGAUAGCUAAAAUACCCAGGCAACACAGUCAAAUAAAUAGUACAGUUUCUUCCAAGGAAAGAUCACCACUAAUAUUCAGUCAUUGGGAAAGCCACGAUGGCCACUUUGGAGGAGGUGAAGGAAGCAAGGAGACACCUGAUCAGCAAAAACCUGCAGAGAAAGGAAUUCAUAAAAAGAGCAAGGAGCGCGCACAGAUAGCUAUUGACGGUGAUCUUGAUGAUUUGACUCAGUCUUCUGACACAGCUGCAGAGGAGUUUGAUUUUCCUUCCUUGAAUACUAAGAAUCCGAUGGUAUUAAUAGAACAGCUUGGUGUACACUGUAAUGAUUCUGCUGGCUUAUUGCAACUUCAAAAUGCAUUCCUUUCUUAUGAACGGUCAGUUCAGUUUGAAAAAGGCCGGUAUCAACUACUCUUGAGCAAAGUCGAACUGAUGAAGAAGGAGAAAAAAGAGCUUCAAGAGGACCUAUCAGAAACUAGGGAAAUAAAGUCAAAAUUGGAACAUGAAAGAGUGGAAUGGGAAAGUGAGCUCUCCAGCCUUAGAUUUACACUGAAACAAGAAGAAGAGAAGAAAUUAAAUAUGGAAAUGAAGUACGAAAAAGCUCGAGAGCAGUUGAAAAGAAAAGAAGAUCAGUAUUGUAAAGAGGUGGAAAUGAAACAGCAACUUGAACUAACUCUGCGGACUCUGGACCUGGAAUUGAGAACAGUGAGAAAUAAUUUGAAACAGGUUGAAGAGGAACGAAAUGACACACAAAGACAACUCUCUCAAGAGCAAAGUGCGAGAGCUUUGCAAGAUGAUAUUUUGAAUAAUCAUCUUUGGAGGCAGAAGGAAUUUGAAGCAUCCCAGAAACCAAUGAUUCACAGUUCUGAGAUCCAUGAUAAGCAUGAAAAAGAAAAAGAACUACAACAUAUAAAUCAGAAAUUGCAAGAGGAAAUUGCCAUGCUGAAGCUGGAAGUGGACACCACAAGAGUUCAGAACCAGGAGAAAGAAAGCAGAUACGUUGAUGAAAAUGAAGCUUUGAAAGAAAAGAAUGAGGACCUUCAGAAGGAAUUAAAGCUGAACGAGGAAGCGUUAACCAAGAGGAUGUUUCAGUACAAUGGCCAGCUUACCGUUCUCACGGCCGAGAAUGCGAUGUUGCGGUCCCAAAUGGAGAACGAGAAGCAAAAUAAAGAUCGGCUGGAAACAGAAAUGGAGUCAUACCGUUCUCGCUUGAGCACGGCCAUUCAGGAGCAUGAAAAGAGUCAGGUAGCAAAAAGCAAUGCUGAACGCAAGUUUCAGAGGGAGCGAGACGAGUGGCUCCGCUUGCAGGACAAACUCAACCACGAUCUGUCUAAUCUACGGGAUACCAAUGGCGUCCUGUCGCAACACCUUUCCCAAGCGGAGAGUAAAGCCAACGGUUUAGAGAAUGAGCUCUACCGUCUCCGAGACAUCAUCAGAGAAAAGAGUUUAAGUUUAGAAAGUGCCCAGAGAGACCUCCAGCAAACCCAGUGCCAGGCCAAGGAGCUUGAACGUGUUUGUCAAAACGAGAAGGCUCAGAUGACCAAGUUUACUGUUAAACAAGAAUCCAUGUCCGAAAGAUUAGCGCAGCUCCAGAGUGAAAACGCUUUGCUUCGACAGCAGCUGGAUGAUGCACAAAACAAAGGCAUCAUUCAAGACAAAGUCGUGAGCGAUGUCCAGGUGCUAUUCCGUGAUAUCGUCGAUAAACUUCACGCCGAGAGUGACAAACAAAUUCUUCUAGUGGAAGAGAGAAAUAAAGAGUUAACCAGCAAAUGUAGCCAUUUGAGAGAACAACUCUAUAGGAAUGAAACGCAGCAAGAGGCUACAAUAAGACAACUACAACAAGAACUUGCCGAUUCCCUUAAAAAACAGUCCAUGUCAGAAGCUUCUCUAGAAGUUACAGCCCGGUAUCGCAGUGACUUAGAAGAAGAAAAGCAGCAGCUGCAGAAAGAAUUAGACAAGAUCAGGAAUAAAUUGCAGGAAUCUGAAGAACUGCAGAUGCAAUAUAAAAGAUGUAAUCACGAAUUGGAAGAUCAUGUACAAAAACUUGAAAUUGAAAAUACCACCCUAGAAGCUACAAUCAAACAACAGACUGCCAGGAUUGAGCUACUUCAGAAGGAACCUCAGGAUUCUUCUUCAUCUGAGAAUGAUAAGGAAAACUUAAAGAAACUAAAUCAGAUAAAGAGAUCUUUGGAAAACCGUCUGGAACACGAAAUACAGAAAAAUCAAGAAUUACAAAAAAGCAUUGAUGGGUUUCAGAAAGAUAUAAAAACCAUGAAAAAGAAACAAAAAGAAUACGAGAAGAGGGAGCUUAACUUCCAAGGCGAAUCGAAGUACUCUCAUUCUAAGAUAGAUGACCAAGUUAAUAAAUUAAAAAUAAAGAUUGAUGGGCUUUCCCAAAAGUUGGAGGGAGCUUCGUCAAAAUAUUCGCUUCUGGAGACAACAAAUCAAGAUCUCAAAGAACAGCUAUUUUCUUUGCAGAAGAAUUAUGAGAUAUCAGAGAAGAUUAAGAGACAAUUAGAAGAAGAAAUGGUUAAUCUCAAACGCUACCAAGAGAUGAAUAUGUUUGAACGCAGUCAGAUGGAACAGUAUAAAAGAGAGGUUGAUGAACAGGCGAAACAAGAAAUAGUAAAAAAGCUGGAAGAAGUCAAUCUAUUCCUUCAGACCCAAGCUGCAUCUCAAGAGACCCUAGAAAAAUUAAGAGAAAAUAACAAUGCAACACUCAUAAAUCAGAUGGAGACUAGAAUUAAAGAUUUGGAAAUGGAGCUAGCUAGAAUGAAAAACUCAUCCCAAAAUAACACUUUUCAAAAAGAUCCUACCCAAGCUGAAUUGGAAAGAUACAGAGGAUUGUACAAUGAAGAGUCAAAUAUUAGAAAAUCCCUCUCAAGCAAAUUAGACAGAGCUAACGAGAGACUAGCCGAGACCAAUGUGAAACUUCUUAACGAACGACAAAAGAGAAGAUCUCUCAUUAGCAGUCUUACUUCAAGCCCGGUUCUUGAGCCUACUCACCUUGGCAAUCUGAGCUAUAGUUUUGUCUUCAAUAGAGGUCUCGACCUCGGGGGAAGCUUCUUAGCUACGACUCCAAGCACACCACCUUCAGAAACCACUGUGGAGACCUAUUUGACAAAGCUCCUUGAUCAGCAAUCUGUUCCUCACUUCUCUUCUCUACAUCCAGAUCCGUGACAAGAUGCGUCAGGAAUUGGACAAAAAGAUCACUAAAGAGCUUGCUGAAGCCAAUACAGAACUUCAAUUUGCAACCCUCAGAGUUUCCCCCCAGGGAUCGACUGAUGAUUCUUCAAGAAACCCUAACUGCCAUCAGGAUCCAGCUGCUAGGGCAACUCAGGAAUAUUUAGAUAUUUUAAAGAAAAAUUAUAUGAUUUAAAAAAACUGUUUUACAUUUAUGAAAUAAAGUUUGUUGUAUUUUUCCCCAAAC